AUGAACGUUCCACUUGGUUCGUUCUUACAAUUAAUGAAAACAUAGUAAAUUGUUUUGGGAUAAUUCUUAAAUAUUCUAAAUAUAAAAUGGAAAGAUUUUAAGAUUUAUUAACAGAUCUUUCUUAUGAUUGGCAUUAAGCCUGCACACGUUUCUUCUUCGUCUCUCUUUCUUCUUCUUCUUCUUCUUCUUUCUCUCCUUGUAGUAUUUUCGACGAUGUCAGAAUAUUCACUGUCUCUUAUUCCAACUGAGUUCGGGAUCCUCCGAAGGUGUCGGUAGAUGAACAGAAAGAAAAUAACUCUCGUUAGUUUCGCGUUAGUAUAGUUCAGUUCGACUGCCACGAACAGUCAGUACACAUCACUCGCGAUCUUGUCUCUUCACGCGUUAAAUAUCAUUAUUUAAAAUUAAUUAUCUCAAAAGACAAUUAUUACUUUGUAUUUGGACAUUUUUAAAAAAUUUUUAUAUUAAUCUCGAGUAAUAUAUACGUACAGUUUUUAAAUUUGAUUAAUAACAGUAUUAUCGAUGAUACAUUUUGUUUAAAAAGAUUCUUAUAGAUAUUACGUUAAAUCAACAAAAUAAUACUGAACAAAGUGAAAGUGAAAGAUUGAAUAAUUAUUUACUGAAUCUUUCGUAUCUAUUAUCUUCCAAAUAUAAUAUUUGCUACUUAUAUAGUAUGUAUCAUAACAUUUAGGGGAUAUGUGUUAUGUCGUUAAGUAAUAAAGCAAAGUGUAAAACGACCAAUCAUUCAAUCAGCCGAAUAGUAUUAUGUAAAACGUAGUUUUACGUCACUUAUUUAAACAAAUUAUUUGUUUGCUAUACAAUAUAACGAGCCACGUCGAAAGUAAGAACUAUCGGUCAUCGCGUAUAAAUGUACAAAUAGAUGUACAAUUUCGUUCAUUAAAGUAGUGUGUUCCAAUCUAUAAUCGCACGUAAACCGGUCUAAUAUAUUUUUCUUAACGAAAAAAAUGUCAAGCAGAGGUGUCACUACAACGGAAAACGAAACCUUUCUUGGAAUUCGUCUACCGUCAAUCUUCCUGGUCGAUACCGAAGAAGCUUCUUAACAACGAUUGAUGUUUCAACGGUCAGAUUUUAUCGGUCGAAGUUAAGACGAUAACCGAAGUGGAAUUUCUAAAAAAACUUAUUAUAGAAAGAUUACGGGGAUAUAUCUAUAUACGAUGGUACUGGGAAGUGAUAAUGAAUUUUUAACGGGAUAUAAACGUAAUUCCGUAACCGAAUGGUUACAGAAAACCGGUCAAAUAAAAGAUAUUGGUAGCGAAAGUCCCGUCUAUGGUCUCGAAGGUGGUGGAGCAAGUGGUGGUACUUCCUUGAGACUUGCUCCGCAAGAAUUACCAAAUGAAAUCUCAGCGCCUUACGAAGUACCACAAUUCCCGAUCGAGCAGAUCGAAAAGAAGCUCCUCAUUCAAAGACAGCUCACCGUCAAAGCCGCAAAGGAUCUCGAAGAGCGACGCAGUCAUUAUGAACCGUCGAUUGGUCCUGGAGUACCCGACUACGUUGAUGAUCCCUCGUUUAAUUUCGAGGAAAAUGAUUUUGUGCCACAUUUUCAACGAGUUUCAAUAUCCGGAGAAGAUACAUCGGGGGUACCUUUGGAAGAUCUUCAACAAGCAUCGCAAAUGCUCGUUCAAGCCUUGGUGAUACGAGAAAAGUAUAUGAAUAAUUCUAAACAAAGUUUUCCUUCUAUUACGACCAAAUUUUUACGUAGCAUCGAUAAAAGACCUGUUACUUCGAAUGAUGAAGUUCAACAUGAUGAUCGUAAAGCUAUCGCAGAUCAUCCGGUACAUGCACCUGCAUCACGUGGAGAUCCUUGGGAAUGCAAAUUCCCACCAGCAAAAAAUUAUACAAUUUUACCCAUAAAUGGUGUUUUCAAUGUUUUCGCUAAUGAAGAGGACGCGAAAAAUGGAGAACCACUUCCAUAUUCCUAUCCAGAUUUAGCAGCCUUUGUUAGGGACAUGAAUCUUCUUUGUACCAUGAUCGCCGACGGUCCUUUAAAAUCUUUUUGCUAUAGAAGAUUGAGUUAUCUCUCAUCCAAGUACCAGUUGCACGUUUUGUUGAAUGAACUUAGAGAGUUGGCUAGUCAGAAAGCUGUUCCACAUAGAGACUUUUAUAAUAUAAGAAAGGUCGAUACACAUAUUCAUGCGGCUUCCUGUAUGAAUCAAAAACAUCUUCUUAGAUUUAUAAAGAAAACAUUAAAGAAUCAUGCGGAUGAAAUUGUUACGUGUUCGAAAAAUGGUGAGACUAUGACACUGAGCGAAGUAUUCCAAUCAAUGAAUUUAACAACAUACGAUUUAAGCGUAGAUAUGCUAGACGUACAUGCUGAUAGAAACACAUUUCAUAGGUUCGAUAAAUUCAAUGCUAAAUAUAAUCCUAUUGGUGAAAGCAGACUUCGUGAAGUUUUUCUUAAAACUGAUAAUUAUCUUAAUGGUAAAUUUUUUGCAAGUAUAAUUAAAGAAGUGGCAAGCGAUCUUGAAGAAUCGAAAUAUCAAAAUGCAGAAUUACGACUGUCCAUUUAUGGAAAAAAUCCUGAAGAAUGGGAUAAGUUAGCUAAAUGGGCGAUACAGAGCGAUGUUUAUUCGGACAAUGUGCGCUGGCUCAUUCAAAUUCCAAGACUUUACGACAUCUUCAAGCUAAAUAAACUUAUGACCAACUUCCAAGAGAUUUUAAAUAAUAUCUUUUUACCUCUUUUUGAAGUAACUAAUGAUCCACAUUCACAUCCUGAAUUACAUAAGUUUCUACAAUAUGUGAUAGGUUUUGAUUCUGUAGAUGAUGAAAGUAAGCCUGAAAAUCCAUUAUUUGACAAAGAUGUUAGCCCCCCAGAAGAAUGGGAUGACAUUGAAAAUCCUCCAUACGCAUAUUACCAGUAUUAUACCUAUGCAAACAUGACAGUGUUGAAUCACUUUAGAGCGGAGCAAGGUUUAAAUACUUUCGUUCUUCGCCCUCAUUGUGGAGAAGCUGGACCAAUUCAACAUCUUGUUUGUGGUUAUAUGAUGGCAGAAAAUAUUUCUCAUGGCCUCUUGCUAAGAAAAGUUCCCGUACUCCAGUAUUUGUAUUAUUUGGCACAAAUUGGCAUUGCCAUGUCUCCUUUAAGUAACAAUUCUCUUUUUUUGAAUUAUCAUCGUAAUCCUCUUCCAGAAUACCUUGCAAGAGGAUUGUGUGUAAGUCUUUCAACAGAUGAUCCUCUACAAUUUCACUUCACGAAAGAGCCUUUAAUGGAGGAAUAUAGUAUUGCAGCACAAGUAUGGAAGCUCAGUUCAUGUGAUAUGUGUGAAUUAGCCCGUAAUUCAGUUCUUAUGAGUGGUUUCCCACACAAGAGUAAACAAUAUUGGCUUGGCCCAAAUUAUACAAAAGAAGGUGUUGCUGGUAAUGAUAUUACUAGGACUAACGUACCGGAUAUACGAGUGGCAUACAGAUAUGAAACUCUGGUCGACGAAUUAUGUAAUAUUUGUAAAGUCGUAGAAAAACCAGAAUCUAUACUAUUUUAACUUUGGUUAACUUUGCAAAAUGUAUUAUAACAAUACAACAUUUUUCUUGCAAUGAAUUAAUUCAAAUAUGGACAAAAUUAUAAUGGAACAGGUAAGUUUGUGAUUCCUAUAAUAGAAUUAAUUAUUUUGAUUUCUCUUACAAUAUUUAUUCAGCAUUUGUAUAUGAUAUAUUUUAUAGGCAGACUAUCUUCUAUCUAAAUUAACAUAAAACAAUAUUUCUGAUUAUAUUUCUUAAUCCAAACGAAAAAAAUUCAACUGUAUUAUAUUUCUCAAAGUGUCUGUUAAACUGAAUCUGACAAUACCUUUUAUAUACCUUUUGGUAUCAAAUAUUAUAUUUUUAUUUAUGACACAUAUUUCCACUGUUAUGUAUAAGUAAACAAACUAAUUAUAAUGAUCUUAUAUAGAAAUGUCUUUUGCAAUAUCUUUGAAGUCUUUUUGUUCAGAAAAGACUUUGAAAUCCUAUCACAAAGAGCAAAAGUAAUGGAAUGAAAUCUUAGAUCUAUGUGUGUUGACCAAUUUAAAAUUAGUUAUUCAGAAAUAUUCUUAUUUUCUUAAGAUUGAUAAUUUUAUUAAAAAUUCAUUUGCUAUAAAACAGAAA